AUGAUCAUAUCUUAAUCCUUUCAUAUCAUGAUAAAGUAGGAGGCAAAGAAAAGUUAUUUAUCAUUAAAAUAGGCACAAGUAACAAUUUUCUAUUAAAUUAUCAAAAAUAUUUAUUAUUAUCAAUAAUUUUAUGAGGACAAUUAAAAUUACCACUUAAGCUUCGGGCAGGAUCACUCAUAAUCAAAGGCAACGAUAUACUAAAGAAAAAAUCUAAAUAGUUAAGAAAAGUUUUUGAGCAAAGAUAUACCAAAACAAUUACCUGCUCUGAAUAGGCAAGAAAGUUAUUAAGAUCUAAAAUCCAUAUUUCCAAAAUCAUAAAAUUAGCAAACUCCAAUUUAACAUAUAAAUGAAAAAUCAUUAAUCUUAGAACAAUAACAAUUUUAACAAGGCAAAGACAUGUUUUUUUCACAAAUCAACUCUAAUGCAAAACCUCCUAGACCACAAAGAACCUACAAUACAGAAAAUAAUUUCAUAAAAUUGACUUUAUAAAACUCUGAAAAUGAAAAUUAAAUAACAAAUAUCCAAUAUAAUUAAUAGAAUUAAAUUAAAGAGAUUGUGAAUAAGCUAAAAGAAUAACAUGGCAAUCAAAAUAUCAUUCUUCAAUACGAAAAUACUAUCUUACAACCAGAAUUAAGCUUAUAACAAUAAAUAAGGGAAAUAAGAAACAAUAUAACUCUCAAAUAUAAAAUCGAUUCAUAAGAACUAUAACCUCCAGCUUAAUUAAUUAAUUCUAAUUACACUGUGGCAACUAUAACAAAAUAAUAGAGAAGCAAAGUCACUCUACAAAAAUAAUUAAGCAAUGCUUUUAAAAUUAAAACAGAAGUUUUUCCUUCAUAACAAUUGGAUUUCUAAGUUCCUGAAAAUAAUUUUGAGAAUGGAGAUAAUAAUUAUUCAUCAUUGUAGAAUUUCUUUUCUGGUCGAAAAAGAUUUUUGCAGACAGUAAUUGAAUAAAGUCCUGAUAAUCAACUAAGAAAUAAAUAGCCUUGUGAGGUUAACCAAUUUAGAGUUAAGAGUUCUAAACCUGAUAACUAAUAAUUAAAUAACCUAUAAUAAAGACCAAGAGAUAAAAGAAUAGAUUUGGUUAGACAUAUUUCAAAUCCAAAUCCAGGUCCAAAUGUUCAAUAACCUAUGGAGAAUAUCCCAAUAAUAGUCGAUUCAUAAAGUAUUAAUUAAAAUCAAAACGAUAUUUAUUAAAAUUAAUUAUAUUAUCAGGAAGAACAAAAGCAUAAUAAUUAACUUUAAUAAAUACUUUGUUAAACCAACGAUUGCAAUUAUUUUUGUAUAGUGACCUAUUUUCAUAAUUAAAAUUAUUAUUGCCAAAACUGUGACAAGUUAAGUGUUAUAGUUGAUUUUCAUUUAAAAACCUUAACUUUUUAAUGUUGUCACACUUUAAACUGUUUUGAUAUCAUCAGAAAAGUGUAAAAUGCUAUAUAAAAUGAAUAACUUGCUCGUUGUAGUGAUUGUAAAUAAGAGUUAGAUUAUAGACUGAUUAAAUGCUUCGAUAAAUCUAAAUACUAUAUUAAUAUAAAAUUAAUAAUUGAUGCUUAACUUUUGAAGCGCUCAAUAUUGAAGAAUACAUAAUU